GAGAGAUUUCAUAUAUCCUUUGUUGCUUUUUUACUGCUGAUACAGAAACCCCUUAUCUUACCAAUCCAAUGCACUUUAGAAUACAGCCUGCAACUCAGACGGAAAAGGGCAAUGAAAGAUAAGGAGAGAGGUAUCAGAUGGAUAGAGUGUCACCUCCUGAAUGUUAGAAAGCCAAAAAGCAGACACGGUAUCCUUUAGUCUUUCUUUGCCCUCCUGGAUAAAACACACAUGGGCAGGGAGAAGGAUGAUAUUCUGUGGACUUGUACAGAGGAGCAGAUGCUAGAGUCUGACAGAGAGAAAGAGAGAGGGAUCAGUAUAGACUGAAAGAUGUGAAAAAGCAGAAAGAGGUUCAAAUUGAUUUCUUUUGGUUUUUAAAGAACAAUUACCACAUUUGCCACGUCUUCCUAAUUCAGCUUGAGUUACUGAAAACAGUUCUGAAAAAUUCACAGGAGAGUAACAAUUGUAAUUGCACGGAAGAAACUUCAGAUAGGCCCAUACUGGGAGGGGUAAAACAGGUGUUGUCUUACUGUGUGCGUGUGUGUGUGUGUGUGAGAGAGAGAGAAAGAGAGAGAGAGAGAGAAAGAAGAGGAAGAGAAAGAGAGAGCGUGCCAUUGUUGCAGGGAUGUUCAUGAUUAUUCGAGAAGGAUCAGCAGGAGGGGCAGAUAGUACCAGCGGCAUGAGUGCUCCACCGGAGAGAACAGCCAAACAGGUCCAGGCCGCAAUCAAGAAGAAGGUGGAGAAACAGAGGAAGCAAGUUGAAAUGGGUGUUGUGGAGGUAUUUAACAGUAAUUUAAGACCUAAAAUGGGACAGAGAAAGAAUCAGCCCCUCCAUCCACCCAGCAGAAGUGGAGAUGGUGAGGAGGAAGAAGAGGAGGAGCCUGCUAAGACUGGGGAACCGAAGGAGAAGGAGGAACUCGACCUGAGAACCAUCGUGGAUUCUGUUUUUGGUCAAGACAGGGAACUGCGUCCAGAAGAGAUAGAAGAACUAAGAGAAGCCUUUAAGGAGUUUGAUAGGAACAAAGGCUACAUCAACUGCAGGGACCUGGGCGAAUGCAUGCGGACGAUGGGAUACAUGCCAACAGAGAUGGAACUCAUUGAACUGAGUCAACAAAUAAGUGGGGGUAAAAUUGACUUUGAAGACUUUGUGGAGCUCAUGGGCCCCAAAAUGCUGGCAGAGACAGCAGACAUGAUUGGAGUCAAGGAGCUGAGAGAUGCCUUUAAAGAGUUUGACUCUAAUGGAGAUGGACAAAUCAGCAUCACAGAACUGAGAGAAGCCAUGAAGAAGCUGAUGGGGGAGCAGCUAAAUUCCAGGGAUAUUGACGAUAUACUUCAUGAUGCUGACCUCAACGGGGACGGACUUGUUGAUUUUGAAGAGUUUGUGAGGAUGAUGUCACGCUGACGAAAGCCAAACAGAGAGACUUUAUUUUCAUUAUGAGACUCUAAGAGGGACAUAUGGUGCAGCAAUCUGAAUGUCUUCGAUAACCUA